AUGCUGAAGAUGAGGACCUUAGCGAAGCAGUUCUUGCGCAUGGAGAUUCACAAUGGACAGUCUACUAGAUUCUGGACAGACAUAUGGCACCCUAGUGGUCGUUUGAUUGAAGUUGCUGGUGAAUCUGGAACGCAGAAGCUUGGUAUCUCUCGAUCAGCCCUGGUUUGUGAGACAUGGAAGCAAAUUCGAGUGAACAGACCAAUCAAACCGUGGAGUAAAGUGAUAUGGUUCUCUCUUGGAGUCCCCCGGUUUGCUUUCAUCACAUGGCUGGCAGUAGACAAUAGAUUGUCAACAGGUGACCGUAUGAGAACUUGGGGACAGGUGCAAGGAUGUUUGUUUUGUGGAGAGCCAAACGAGACAAGGGACCAUCUGUUCUUUGCCUGUCCAUAUACCUACACUCUCUGGACUGAAGUUGUGGGCACGCUACUGGGAAGACCUCCUGAUCCUGAUUGGGUAAGCACGCUUGAACACUUAACAACACAUAGUUUCAGCUAUCUUGGCUACAUUCUAUUGAGGUUAGUGUUUCAAGCUACAAUAUAUACGAUAUGGAGAGAAAUGAAUGAUAGAAGGCAUCUCAAGAAACCUAGACAACACCACCAAUUGGCGAAUAUUAUUGAUAAAACUGUACGCAAUCGGCUUUUAGCUACCAGAUAUUGGGAGAAGCAACGCAUGAGGAAGCUUAUGCAAGAGUGGUACAGAACACAUACAUAG